GAAAAACCCCGAAUGCGCGUACUGACUAUAUGAUGGAUGCCAACCAGUUCGCCUCUUGUGCUCUUCUUCGGACCGGUUGGCAUGACCCAAGCCAUGUCGAGUGGGGCGUCCUUGGCGGACGCGCUCUCGCGCCUCCCGCCCCUCGACCCGAUGGAGGCCAAGUUCUUCAUAUCCCACAUUGACGCAGCGGUCGACGAAGCGCUCCUGCUCUGCAACGACUUUGGCGCGAUCCGGUGGCAGCCGCUCAAGCAGAAGGACGGCGUCGUCGUCUCGCGCGCCGCCGACGACAUGAACUCCAUGUCCAACCACGCGCUCGCCGUGCGCAGCGUCUGCCUUGUGAACGCGUCCUUUGACGAGAUGCUGGACCACUUGACGACCGAGACGACCCGCGACUUUCACGAGCGCGAGGUCGCAGUCAAUCCCGCCGAGUUUCUCGACGGCGCGAUCCUGCAUGUGCUCUGCCCGCGCGACGUUAAUGGCCGCUACGUGUGCAUCAAGUGGCACUGCAUGAAGUCGGUUGCGCCGCCCACCAAGCCGCGCGACUACAUCUACCUCGAGAUUGUCGACUCGUUUGUCAAUGAAGAAGGGCACCGCAUUGGGUAUCGUCUCUCCAAGUCGAUCGACCUCGAGUCGCUGCGGUCGGUCGACGGCACCAACAAGUUUGUGCGGGCGACGACCACGAUGCUGCACACGUUUCGCAGCAGCGACAGCGCCAGCCGCAAUGCGUCGUCGCCCAAAACGCUCUCGGACUUUCAGGUCGAACUGCGGUCCAUGGUGCUCGGCGACUUUAACGGCAAGCUGCCCAUGUACGUGACCAACAAGAUGUCGGAGCUCGCGGGCCUUCGCGGCGCUGCACUCCGCGACCACUUCGACCAGUCGCGCAUGAACACGCUCAAGUGGAUCCAGCCGCACGAAUUUGUGCCAACAAGCAAGCGCUCGUUUUGCUCGCUUUGUACGCGCCAAUUUUCGCUCGUUCGGAAAAAGUACAAUUGCCGUGCGUGCGGCGACGUCAUAUGCUCGCAGUGCAGCAUGAACCAGCAGGUCGGGACGCGCGAGAAGGCCAAGAUCCGCGUCUGCGGCCGCUGCAACCUCUCGGCGCGCACCAACUCGUUGCCGUCGUCGAUCGGGCGCCUCUCGGGGUCGGGCUCGAAUUCGCGCGAGUCGAUUCAGUUCCGAGAUUCGACGUUCCGGGACUCGAGCUUUCGGGAUUCGCAGGCAGGCAACUUUUCUUUUGCGACCACCCGCGUUUCGGAGAAGUACUCGACGAUCGACCGGUCGAGCAACUCGUCCGACUGGUCGUCGUCGUCGGCGCGCGAACUGCAGUACCAGUCGUCGUUUGGCCCGACGACAACUGCACCGUUUAGCACGCCGACACACUACCGGCGCAGCCACUCGGAGAUGCCGCCGACGCACAACUCGACGUCGCCAACCGAUCCGAAUGCGUUGCUGCGUGCGAGCCAAGACUCGCGACCGAGCAUGAUGGAGCACCGGAUGCUCGCUGCAUCCAUGAACAGCAACGGCACGCCUCGCACCAUGUCGAUCACGUCCAACUCGUCGUCGUCCCGGCCGAGCAUGGACCCGUCUCGGCCACCGACGAUUCCUCGCAUCUCAAUCGAAGACAUGCAGCACAUUAGCAUUGUCGAGCCACCCAAGGUCAUGUUGCCACCGACGACGACGACGACGACGACAAGUACGAACCCGUCGACACCGUCACAGCGCCGGUCGUCGCUCGAGCCGGAGCAGUUUGUCGACAUGGCCAUGUCGGGCAUGGACUUCUCGAUCGUUCAGACGGCGUCGACGUCGGACAACGGGGACGGCGACUCGGACCGUCUCAGCGACCUCUCGUCUGUCUCGGACGUCUUUACCGAACGCUACUCGGAGCGCAUGUCGGAGCGUAUGUCGGAGCGCAUUAGCGAGCUUGACGUCGAUGCGUACGACGACGCGGAGCAACCGCCGCUGCACGAGGAAGAGAUUUCGCUCGACGACUUCGCGCCGCCGAUCAAGUCGCCGUCGUCGCUCAUGGACCUCGCCAAGGCCAAUUUCGACGACGUCAACUAUGUCCGCGAGAGCUUUGCGUUCCACUACGACGAUCUCGAGAAGGACCGGUCGUCGAUGCGGUCGACGGUCAACGUCGACAAUGACGAGGACGAGUCACUGCAGCGCAUGACGCUCGUCAUGAAGCUCAACGCCGACAUGGACGCGAUCACGCGCGACAUUUCGACCGUGAAGGAGUCGACGGUCGACUUGCAUAUGCGCAACCAAGAAGUGACGGAGAAGAUCCAAGACAUUGGCCACCACGAGAACCUGCGGCAGUCGACGACCGAGGUGCCUGUCAUAGAGGAAGCGCCGUCGAUCUCGGCGCAGCACGAAGAACGCCUCACGAACGCGCUCUCCAAGAUCAACCAGGAGCUCUACAUGAUCCAGAGCAACAUGGAAAGUGUGCGCGAGAGUACCAAAGCGAUCGACGCCAAGCUCGUUGAAGUCGUCGACGUGCCGCCCACCGACUCGUCGCGCGAGGGCUUUGUGAGCUUUCUGAAGGCCGACAGCUUUGAGCUCAACCCGGAUGCGGCGGCGCCCAACGGCAACGGGUGGGCUGCCGUCCAGUCGACGGUCACCGGCAAGAUGUACUACUACAAUGAGUCGUGCGGCCAAACGAGCUGGACAUUACCGCAGGACGACGACAUGAGCUACUCGGACAGCUACGUGGUGCUGUAAGUUGCCAGGAAUAAAUAUAGUAAUAUUAUGUUAGAGUACAAUGCACA